AUGUCGUCUCUUGCGGCUGCCCGUGCUGACGGGUAUUACUAUGGACCAGACUAUGAUCCUGCAAUCCACGGGAGCCUUAACAAAUAUAGAGGGUCUCAUCCUUUGGGGGAUCGUGCAAAGGACAUAGCUCUAGGAAUCUUGGUGGUGCGCUUUGAAAUGCCUUAUAAAGUUAUUUGUCUUUCAUGUGGCGCUAUUACUGACAAGGGCGUACGAUUCAACGCCAAGAAGCAGCGCGUUGGCUCUUACUUCUCAACGCCCGUGUAUUCAUUUUCCUUCCCCUGCCCGCAGUGCAGCAAUUUAUUCGUAAUUACUACCGAUCCUAAGAGGGCUCUCUACCUGUGUACCACGGGCCUGAAGCAGAAAGUUGAGGAACUGCCUGACCUCGAGAGCGCGGCUAGCAGCGAAUCCUUUGCAACUCAGAGAAGAAGCCUUAACGCUGAGGAGGCAGAGGGGCCGACUUGCCCAGCAGCAACUGGAGGAGCAAAGGGCUGCCGAGGAAACUCCGCAGCAGCAACACCUCAGGGAGCGCAUCACAGGUAG